AAAGACAUAGAUUGUUGUAGUGAGUGUGUAUGCAAAUGUUGGUGGAAGUAUUUGAGGAGUGAAUACCAAGGAGAGUGCCUGGUAUUUUGAGAGUUUAUAGCUCCCUCUCAUGUCCAGUAGGUGAGAGACAGUGAGAGGCAGGGAGAGGGUGUUUCUCCAUUGCACCUCAGCCAGGGACAGCUGACUGGUUGAGACCUAAUUGCUCUCAAGUGAGGUCAGCAGGAGGCUUUUAUCUGAGCAGACAGUAGAAGAUGCACAGAGUCAACAGAGUCAAACUGCCAGAAUCAGGGAGACAUACGUGGGAAUUGACAGAGGCUUCCAGCACUUGUUAAGUUUCACUGCAUUACUGGACCUGUUAUACAACUGAGGCUGCAGCUGUAGAAGAAAGGAGUGUUGAGAUUAAAACUCUUAACUGACAGGGAAAAUAUCAUCUGACAUCUCCUGUCAUCCAUUGGAGCUCAUCAACAUUAUUUUGAACAUUUCCUCAACUGGAUUAUGACAUCUCUUUUCGGAUUAUGGUCUCAAGAGGAUGGAGCACUCGACGUGCACCGUCACUGAGGAAUAAAGAGAGACCCCAUCUCAUAACUCUGUCAUCAGUAUUCUUCAGCAUCAGCAAAUCUCGCACACCUUCACAAAGUCUCCUCCACAGAAACCCCGUCUCAUUGGCCCAUCGGGACGCAGACUGCUGCAUAAACAGGGUCACGACGCAAGGGUCACAUAUCCCGGGGUCGCUGGGCCGAGGGAUAGUGUGCACAUCUCUAGCUCACAUUUUCAGUAUGUUGUUCAUUGAUCCCCACUGCAUUGUAUUAUAAUGCGCAAAUGGAGGCUGACAUGGAACCUUCAAAAUCUGUUCUCGGGACUGUACUUGCAUGCGAUGUUCCUGUUUGGCAGUGUGUGUGUGGUCUACAGUGACUGCACUCCAGAGCAACUCACUGCCAUCAUGAACUGCUCCAGACAUGAGCGUCACACCAGGAACUACGACUACAUGGAGGGGGGCGAUGUGCGCAUACGACAACUGUUCAGCCGCACACAGUGGUUCGUGACAAUUGAUGACAGGGGCAAUAUCAAUGGGACACAAGAUCCCACUGACUGCAACAGUAUCCUGGAGAUCAGGACGGUGUCAGAGGGGGGCAUACUCGCUAUCAAAGGCGUGAAGAGUCAGCGGUACAUUUGUAUGAACAAGGCAGGAAUGCUGCAAGGCAAGGAAAACUACAAUGAAAACUGCAACUUCAAAGAGGUUUUCCUAGAAAACUACUUCAAUGCGUACUCCUCUGCAAAGUGGACUAAAAAUGGAAAAGAAAUGUUCAUUGCCCUGUCUCAAAAGGGAAAGCCGAUGCGAGGGAAGAAGACGCGGAGGGAGCUCAUAGCAUCACACUUCAUCCCUAUGAAAUGCAGGGAGGACGAGCGGAGGGUGGUGGACUGAGAACAGAACCCGAGGACUGAGCCGCAAAAUUGUGUAUGACUUCAAUCCGAUAUUUUAUAUGCUAAUGGCCACAUGUAAACUCAUUACCAACGUCACGCUCCACUCUCAUCCAGUUGUAGUUUAGUUGUGUUUUCUAUUCUGUAAUGUAAUCUGUAAUCUAUUCUAUGUUGUUGUUUUUUCAUCAGAGAGAACAACAGAUUCAAAUAUGUCAAAACAUCCACAGAUAAGACGUUGAAACGGCUUCAACCUGAACAUAAACUGUAAAAGCACUACAGUCAACCAUAGACUGCAUCUAAAAAUGAUGUAGUCUUUCAUGUGGAAAAUGAACUCCUGUUGUGAGGCCGCGAGAUUCACAAUUUGACUGGAACCAUGUUUUUUAACGUGGAAAUUCACAGACGUCCUAUUUGACAUCAUCCAUUUUCCUCCAAUGGUAACAUAAUUUACUAAAUUGACACAUCACGUUCUACUCAGGAAUUUUAUUUUCCCGUUGACGAAAUGGAGUCCACCAACUUCCAUCCUACUCAACACAGAAGACUACACUCAUUUUUAAAUAAAGUCUACACAGUCAACUCAAAGUGACUUAUAAAAAAAGUUAUAACUCACAGUCAGGGCUGUACUUUUUUAUCCCAAAGAUGAGUGACACCCAGUCAGAUGAGGAGACCUCCGCGAUCAACACAAAGUCUUCGGGAGUGUAGAUCAACAUAAAAGGUCCUGGAAGAGAGAUUUAGAUGUGCUGAAACAAGCUGGACUUGUCUUAACAGUACAUCAGAGGCACAACAAUUACAAAUACAACAGCAUGUUCAGUGAAAUUAAGAGUGUGGGAACGUCUGUAUGUGGAUGACCUUGUUUGUGUUGAUUUGUCUGUCCUUCCUGCAUUGACAACCAGACUCUGGUCAAACGCAUCAUAGCUGCUCACUCACUCCCUCUCAACCAUCAAGGUGUGAUUUUUAAAAUACUAAAAAUAAUCUACUGCUGCUAAUGAAAACAGAUAUCCAGAUUAAAAUACAAAGUUAACUACACAAUGAAUGUGUGUGCUAUACAAUCUCUUUCCAUUAGAUUUAACAAUCCUGUACAAUAAAAGUUCAUAUAUAUAAAUAUAUAUAUAUUUAUAAGAUUAAUUUAGUGUCUUAAUACAAACAUUCAUUUAUUUUUAUCCAAUGCUCAUUUAAAUCUUCAAAUCAGUCAACUCUCUGUGCAUGAUAUUGCUGUAAUAACCAUAAUUCUGGCCACAUCAUUACACCAUCUUAUAAUAUACAGUUGUAAGUUAUUUGUUUUAUUUAUAUAUCUGUAUAAUAAAUGAGCUAUAUGUUAAAGCAUCCCCUUAAA